AUGAAACGCGCCAUUCGUAUUGUCAACUGCUCCGGCGCCAUCGGCGACGGCGGCGCACUCCACCCGCAGGCCCUGGCCGAGGCGGCGGACACAUACUUCCGCAGCCCGGGCAUCACGUCGGUGCGGAUUGCGUGGGUGACGGGGGACAACGUCACUCAGCAAGUGCCCACGGGCCAGCUGGGUGCUUGGUGGCGGCGCUGGCGGGCGCGGACAUUGUGGUGUGCGGCCGGUGCACGGAUGCGAGCCCCGCGAUGGGCCCAUGUCGACGGGCGGCAACUUUGCUGGCGUGGCCACCUCAUGGACGCGCCCGCGAGGGAUGCCGCUCUGUGCGCCGACAAGGCUGCCGUGCAGCCCAAUUACGGGCCGACAGUCACCAUGCCGGACUACAAGGGCACGGUCAUCCGCCCCUUUGGCGACCUCGUCUCUGCUCGGUCAGGUGACAAGGGAGGCAACGCCAACAUUCGCGCCUGGGUGCGCGACGACGCCGGCUACCCGUGGUUUCAGGCGUUCUUGACGAGCGGGCGUGCGCAGGCGCUGCUGGGCGACGACUGGCGGCCCGAGUACGAGAUUGAACGCUGUGAGUUCCCCAAGCUGCGGGCCGUGCACAUUUUGGUGCGCAGCUUGCUAUAG